AUGGAGAAUAUUAGAGUUAUAAGUAAACUAGAUAUAGAUCUACCACAUAUAAUAGAAUAUUAUAUAUUGACACAUUUAAUACAUGAUGCUAUUACACCACUUCAACAUAGAUUGUUGUUGAGAGGUGUUUGUAAGAGAUGGAUGUACUCUAUGGCUGUUAUAUCGACCAUUACUCGUCAGCACUUGACCCUUCGUACUGGUAGAGGCGUUUUAAUACCUUUACCAAAAAGACAAGUUAUAUACUCUCAUGUAUUGAAUCUAAAUGGACCUCUACAGUAUUGUACAAGACUUGCUCUACCACCUGACACUGUCAAUAUAAUGAUUGACGAUUUGGGUGAGAGUAGAGUCGUCGAAGCACUCUUUCGACCAACUCUAAAGUCAUUGGCAUUGAAUUUAGAGCAAAUAGAGAGAACUGAUCGUGUAUUUUCUACACUACCCAAUAACGUUGUCAUCCUCUUUACACCUUCUCCAACCAACAAACUAAACCUCAAAGAAUUGACACAUCUAGAGGUUGGUCCAGUUCAUCCACUAUUGUCUGAUGCAAUAGCUAAAUACCUCAAAGAGUACAAAGAUAGACAUUCUAUCAAUUCUUUGACCUAUGUAUUUGAUGGAAGAGAAGAAAAGAAAGAUUCAACAACAACACCUGAAAUCAUAUUGGCACUACAACACCAAUUGGAACAUCUUUCAAUUGUUACCAACUUUCAAACCAAUCCACCUCGUUUACUUUUUCAAGAUGAUAAUCUACCUCUACUAAGAUCACUAUCACUUGUACAAACAACUGAUUGUUCAUUGUCGACACUAGAAGCUAUUUACAAUUGGCAAAAGAAACGUGUCAAGUCGUCGAUCAGACUGACCAAAUUCUCAUUCUCAAUCACAAAUCUUUCGAAUUGGGUUGAUGGUCUUGACAAUGCUCUCAAUAGAGUGGUGAUUGGAAUCGAUUCAAUUACAUCUCUCAACAUACAAGGACCAAUCAAUCAAGAUUUGAUGAGACAUUUAGAAACAAAGAAUAACCUAGAAUCGCUGUCACUCAGGUUAGUAGCAGGGUCUGCACCACCAUCAAAAAUAUCAGAUUCUGUUACAACGUUGACACUACAAAUCGAUUCAUCAAAUAAUUGGGUGUUUUACCUAGGUAGAUGUCUGCCAUCCAAAUUGGUUUCACUAGAGCUAUUUGUCUUUCAUGCUCUAAACGAUGAAGAUAUCCUAUCAUUAGUUUCACUCUUACAAAACAAUACACUUAAAUACCUAACCUUGUCACUCCAAUUGACCGGUUGGAAUUCAAUUUCUCUACUUGAACACCCAAUUGCCAACAAUACCUCACUCAAACAACUUUCAAUUACAAUGGCAAACAAAAACCAUGGCGAUACAACUGAAAACCCAAUAGCCAUCUUGUUUAGAGCAAUGAAUGUAAACAAAAGUAUACAAUCAUUUACUACUCAUAAUAUCUUUAGACCAUCACAAGUACCAAUUGGUCAAUUUAAAAAGAUUACACCAAAUACUUUUACAAGAGAUAUCUCAAAGAUCCUAUAA